AUGAGUGUGUGCCGUGUCAUACAAAGCUUUACAUCCCCGGUGCCUCUCCUCCUCCUGCUCCUGAGCAACAGCAUCGGGGCCGUCCCUUCCCCGUUCCAGCUGGCCCCGGACACCCCGGCUCCGGCUGAGCCCACCCCGACCCAGGCCACACCUCGUCCGGACCCCUGCGAAGGCCGACCCUGCCUCAACGGCGGGCUCUGCCUGGCCCUCCCCUCUGCUGGCAGGCCAGAGGACACCUGGGAGUACACCUGCACAUGCAGCCAGGGCUUCACUGGACGCAACUGUGAGUUUUUCACAGACCCGUGUGCCAGCAGCCCCUGUCUCCAUGGAAACUGCAGCCGGAGCAAUGGUGGGGAGGAGGGGGAACCGGCUUACACCUGUGAGUGUAGUGAAGGCUACGAGGGGGAGAGGUGCGAUCAAAUCCUAUUGGACCUGCCAGCUGCAGACUGGGACCCCGCCACCCCCUCCGCCCCUGAGCUGGCUACUCCCGUCGCCUCCACGACCGCAGCCGCCACUCAGCCACCACAGCCAACCACCAUCCCCUCCACUACAACAACAGCACCUCCCACCCUGCAGCCAUGGCAACCCAAACCUGGGCAGAGGCUGCUGGUGGUGCCAUGGGAGGCAGACAGGGUGACUGAGGGUCUGCACUGUGUGAGCAGUGAGCUGUGUGAGCUGACAUCAGGAACUCUCACUCUGUCUCUGGAGGUGCCCGAGGAAACGGCUGUAAAGGUGGUGGUAAAUGCCAGUGGAGCCCCAGUGCUGUGGCGUGUGAAUGAGGAGGGCUUCCUCCGUUCUUCCAUUUUGAAUGGCACAACAGUGUGGUUCCUGCAGGCCCUUGAUGGACUGGUGGUGCCAGACCACUUGCUGCCCCUGGGACAGAACUAUUUCCUCAGUGUGUUGCGUGUGGGCGCCCCUACAGUCCCUGAGGUCACACUGCGUCUCAACCUGACAGUCAAGGCCAGCAGCUGUGUGGAGCCCGGCAGCAGCUUCAGUGACCCUCAGUGCUCCGGCAAAGGCAAAUGUAUAACACAGCCCUCUGAGAGCACUUUCUUUUGCGAGUGCGAGGAUGGCUACACAGGAAUCUUUUGUGAGGAAUUUGACGCCUGCCACCACCGACCUUGUCGCAACAAUGGCACCUGCACUGAUGUGAGACAGGGGGGUGAAGGACGCAAUUUCACAUGCACCUGCCCACCAGGUUAUGAAGGGGAACGCUGCCAGUUGCUUGUUGACCACUGCCUGUCUGAGCCCUGCAAGAAUGGAGCUACCUGCUUCAGCAGCCUGGCCGGGCCGAGGUGCUACUGUCCCGAAGGAUUCCAGGGUGCUACAUGUGAGCAGAAGGUGGAUCCGUGUGCCUCCAGCCCCUGUCACAAUAACGGGACGUGCUACGCACAGGGUCCCGGCCCCCUGGGUUUUGGCUGUAGCUGCACCGCAGGCUUCACCGGCCCUACAUGUGCCCAGCUGGUGGACUUCUGUGCCCUGAAUCCCUGCGCCCAUGGGGUGUGCCGCAGCGUGGGCAACAGCUACAGGUGUCUGUGUGUCCCAGGCUACCAUGGCUUGUACUGUGAGGAGGAGUACAAUGAAUGCCUGUCUGCACCCUGCCAGAACUACGCCACCUGUAGGGAUCUCAUCAAUGCCUAUGAGUGUGUCUGCACACCACAGUUUGAAGGCAGACACUGUGAAAUUUACAAGGACCCAUGUCUGAAGAUGCGCUGCCAAAAUGGAGGCCGCUGUGAGAGUGCAGGACUCAAUGUUUCCUGUGCCUGCUCCCCUGGAUACCUGGGGGAGAAGUGUGAGGUCGACAUUAACGAGUGCGAGAGCAACCCCUGUCAUCAUGGAGGCACCUGCAUUGACCAAUCAAAUGGCUUCAUCUGUCAUUGUCCACCCGGGUGGGUGGGGCCCAGCUGUGAGAUCCACCUGCAGUGGAAGCCAGCACACUCUGAGGACACUCUCACCAAUAUGCCCCGUCACUCCCUUUAUAUCAUCAUUGGAGCACUGUGUGUGGCCUUCGUGCUCAUGCUCAUCAUCCUCAUCGUGGGCAUCUGUCGCAUCAGCCGCAUCGAGUACCAGGGCUCAUCACGCCAUGCCUACCAGGAGUUCUACAAUUGCCGCAGCAUUGACAGCGAGUUCAGCAAUGCCAUCGCCUCCAUCCGCCAUGCCAGAUUUGGCAAGAAGUCCAGGCCUGCCAUGUACGAUGCUACUCCCAUCGCCUAUGAAGACUACAGUCCUGAUGACAAGCCUUUGGUUACCCUCAUCAAAACAAAGGAUUUGUAA